CGAGCGCCGCGCCUACACGCUCUCGGCUGCUGUUGGCCACCGCUCUCGUCAAAUGCCGCGCCGGUGGGCGGUCGACUUGGCGGACUGCUCUGGCAAGGACCUCUGCGACCCGCCCGGGUACUCGGAGACGUACCGGGAAGAGCACGACACAAAGCUGACCGAGAAGAGGAGCUUCGACAUGGCGGCGCUGAAGCUCAAGAAAGCAAAGGAGACCGCAUGGGCGCCGGCAAAGUCCUUCAUGAUGACGGCCUUCAUGCUGUGGAUGUCGGGGAGCGGGGUGCACCCCUUCUCCAUCAUGAUGACGGGCUACGCGGUCUACAACCCAAUCAACUCGGCGCUGAACGUCAACAAGCAGUUCAAGCCCUUCGCGGACCCGAAGGCGGACGCGACCAUGCGAGGCGCGCUGCUGAUGGCCAAGGCCACCUUUGUCGUCCUCAACCUCCUCGCGAUGAGCGGCGCGCUGUACAAGAUGAACACGAUGGGCCUGCUCCCGAACACGCCCUCGGACUGGGCCUCCUUCCUCGUCGUGCCUCCGCCCGUCCAGGUCUCCACCGGGAGCCAAAUCUCGGCGCCCCUCGCCCACUGACGCCACGUGGCGUCGUACUCUGUGUCUGUAUUUUGUGGGAGGCGACACACGCCUCUCUCUCUCGGUCGGUGUCUCUCGCCGUAUCGGCUAUCGCGCGGCCGGCGGCCGGGUCUACGGUCUAGGCACUAUGCUCUAUGGGCUGAGUUUGGACUCGCCACCGUGUAUAUGUACAAAUAAACGACCGAAGUCCGA